AAUGUUUUUUCGAUUUCUCGUCGUCGUCACCGUCGCCGCGAUCGCGUUCCGAACUAAUCCGCCGUUUUCCGCCGGAAAAAUCCGGGAAACUCGCUAAAAGUGUCCGUCAAAAUGUUCCCCGUGCGGUCAAGUAGCUUAUCCACGGGAAAUGCGCGUUGUGUCUCGAUGUUAGAACGGUGAAAAGUGCGUUUGAAAUUCGUGUGUUCGUGCGCGGGUUGUGGUGGAUGUACAUACCGCGGAGCUAAAAGCAUUCACGAAAAAAAAGGUGGACGGGGAGAGAGAGUUUUCUUUCACACACAACACAACAACAACAGUGUGAAUCUGUAAAGCGAGCGGCGGGCAUAGCGGCAGUCAGUGUAUAAAAAUUUCAACGAUUGUGUGUUUUAAUUCCCCGCGCGCCCUCCGGGCCGCGUCCGACUCCUAUACGGACGGGGUAAAGUGAGAUCGGAUUAAUCCAAGAGUGUGCCUAGGCGAUUGCUGCCUGCCUAGCUUGAAGGCAUGGAUGCAUGAAAGAAAACAGUGAGUGCUAGUGUUGUGCCCCCUGAACAAGUAGCGAGGGGGCUCGAUCCGAGAUCGGAUCCAAAAUCAAGCGUUGCGCCUGCCGCGCGGGAUAGGGCCAACAGAAGAAGGGGUUUGGUGUUAGUGCAACCCGUAUGCAGUGUGGUUGGAUUAAAGAAAAGAUUCACAACACAGCAGCAGGCAAUGUGAGACAGUGUGAUUUUUGUUCGUCUGUGAAUUCCCGGAUCUGUCUUCCGCACGGGACGCGAAGGCUAGUUUAGUGUCAUUCAGCGGUAGUGAUUCAUCGCGGAUGAGCUUCUCGCGUAAAACAAAGUGAUUCUGACUAAGCUAUCUAUACGGCGGUCGUCCGUCGUCCACGGGGUGGAGAGAGCGACAGCGACAGAACAAAAGUGCUCGCACUAGUGAAUGCUAAUAAAACCCCCAAUGGCAGUUCCGAUGAGUUCUUCCACUGCCAACGUCGACGCAGUCUCCGAUGCAUUGGAGGAGAUACCCUCAUCCACAUCCGUCCGAAAUUCGAACCUGCUAAAAGUGAGGGGAAAGUGAGCGGUCCCCGGAAGAGAAGUGACGAAAAUCCCUUGAAACCCCAAGUGCCAAAUUGUGUGUUGGUGGUCUGCUGGACCAGAAGGAGAGGGAUGCUGCAGCUGGCGGAAUUUGCUGUGAGCAGUUUUUGGAUGUACUGCGCCCUGUCGGUUGUGGUGAUGGUAACGCUGGUCACGACCCUGGCCUCAUGCCUUUGCUGCCGGAAGCAGGAGAUCAAAAAUGACCUGCUUGGCUUGGAAGGCAUGGUAAAGCUAACCAAUCCGGAGGACACCCUCACCAGCCAGGGAACCACGGUGGACACGGGCGGGGGUGGCACCGGUGGAACCGGUUCCGGUACCGACCAGCCCGAUCGCAGCGAACCGGAAAGCAUUAGUAAAAGGGCUUCCAAUGCACCGCACCGUAGUUUGCCGGACAUUCCGGUAGUGGAACCGAUCGGCGAUAACAACUCCGAACUCUACGCGACCGUUGGAGACAAGGUCCAGGAUCUUCCCCAGGGUAGGAGUCCUACUUCCAGUUUGAAAAAGCAAGCCAGCGUCUCGCAGCACAGUUCCAUCAGCCAGGCGGACGACAUCAGUUCACCGUAUGCGAGGGUUCGGUCGCCUCCGCAUGCCUACGAUAAGCUCCGACGGACCGAGCAUCCGUACGCUCAGGUGGUUCAACCGGGAACGAGUGGUUCAACGGCGCAGGUCGCCGUCACCGUAGACGACGAACUGCUGAGUCCUAUCUCGCGGCGAGGUCUUUCCAGUGCCGUAGCUGGAGGUGCCGGAGGAGAAUCCAAUCAGAGCUUGCUGGACGAGCGAGAGGCUUCCACCGUGGAUAUUCCUGCGGCAUCGGCUAUCGCCGGUCGGGUCUCCGCAAGUCAAGAUCUUCCAUACAUGACUCCUCCUAUUGUGCAACCACCUCAGCAGCACUUCAGCGGUGACUCGCAAGAUUCCUCAAAGGGUUACACAAGUAUUAGUGUCCGAGAGCCGCUCGCGAAUCUCUUACCUCAAUCUCAGAAUCAAACCACCGCCCAGAGGCGCCAGAUAUUGGGCGACUCCCACUACGCAACAGUUUCGGACGAUUCCGACGAAAUGUAUGCAGCAAUUGACGAUCCCAACAACCAGGGUGACCUCUACACUAGCGGUUCCGAGACCUACGCUCAAAUCCAACCUCCGAACAUGGUAACCGUUUCGGUCGAGAUCAACACGGGAGCGUCCAGUCGGCCUUCAGCCGGUAUGCCUCAGGAAGACUCGAUGGACGCUUUCCAGCCACUUGCCGCGAACUCCUCAACAAGUGCAAUACCUACCACUCAUCACAACCGUCUCAGUAGCAAUAGCGCAACGAUGGACGAAUCUUCCGGUCAACCUCCUCCACUUCCGAUCGACAGCCUGCGAGCCCACCCACCUCCGCAUCCUUCCUACGCGCAUUCCCGCCAAGCCAGCAGUUCGAGCUGUACCAGCUCCGUGGGCAACCUCGGUUCUCCGAAACCGGAGAAACGGCAGGCUAAUUCGCCACUUCCGCCGACACCAAAGAACCUCAAGCACCAGUCGACCAACAGCUUCUUCAGCAACUCGAACCUCACCUCGAUCAGCUCGAACACGUCCACGCUGACGGGGCAGUCCGGCCGGAAUUCGGUUGCGUCCGUGAUCGAGUACAAAACCUCGCGGGAGAACGUCUCCGGUGGCGGCGGCGCGAAGGAUGAAGGCGGUGCCGCCCAGCAGCCGAACGGAUCGGCCAUCAAACCGAAGAAGAGCCCCUCCAAGGACCUGGAGGGAAUGUACGCUAAGGUUAUGAAAAAGAACAAACUCUCGAAAGCACCCUCACAAAACUCGAGUCCGGUACCGUUGCGGAAAGACGGUCCAGGUGGUGGAACCGCCAUGCUUGCGGAUGCCGAACAGUUCCUCUCGGAUCCGGAGCUGAUUCAAACGAACGGUGGCAGUGGAUCCACGCAUGGUUCACCGAGUAAAAAACCGCUACCAACCAUCACCGGUAACGAUUAUGAAACCCUCGACAAAAAGCAUAGCAGACAACAGCACAAACAGCAGCAGGAUCCAGGCUACGAAACGAUUCCCGGGGAUAAUGCUGUUAAUGGUAAGGGGGAGCUGAGGAAAUCGGGGGAUUACGCGCAGAUUCAGAAGCGGAGUAGUGGCCUAGCGGUAGCGCAUGGCAUCCAAAGCGUCUCGAGGAAUUCCCUGGAAAUUUUCCACGGGUUGGACAAAUCUGCGGAUGGGGAACCAGGAUACGAGAGUUUACCCGGAAGCAAUGACCCGGGCUAUGAGACGUUGAACCGGAAAGGGGGAACUGAGUCAGAUUCGGAUCCGAACUACGAAAUCUUAAGGCCUGCCCGGGACAACGACGGUUACAGCAGCAUCAGGGAUAAGCGAACGGUCAAAAACCGGUUGGACUUUGGCAAGGAUGACGAUACGGACAGCACUCCAGGGUACAGCAGUAUAAAGGAGAAGGUGGACUACGAUCCGGGUUACAGUGUGAUAACGGAGAAGAAGAACCCAGCCGUAGUUCAUGACUACGCCAGCAUCACCGAGGAAACUAAGCGGAAAAAGCAGAACCUCAACAACAACAAUCUGGACCCGGGAGAGGACUCGGAUAUCUACUCCAGUAUCACCAGUGCUCCCCUCGCGACCAAUCCGUCAUCGAUCGGUCCCAGUUCCGGCAAUACUUACUCAACGAUUCCGGAACCUCCGAACCUAACCUCGUCGCCCGGUUAUUCGAGCAUCUCGGAGACCCGUACUACCCCUUCCACCGAUAGCACCAGCUCGCCGGACAACCUGAUCGGGUACACCAAACAACACAACACGGCUACCAACAACAGCAACAACAGCCGCCUUUCGUCCAACUACGAAUCUCUGACCGGGAGCGAAUCGGACCCGAACUACGAAUCCGUCAAGUACCUCAACGUGAAGGAGGAAAACCCCUACGAGCGGCUGCACAACGACGGUCAGACGCCCUCGACGGCCGGACCCUCGUCGAAUGAUUCGCUGGCCAAGGCCGGUGGUGGCGGCGAUGAUACUCCUCCGGCCGGGAAGGCAGCCAAGGUCCCAUCGGUGUGCGAGCUGGAAUCCACCGGCGUCAGCGACUACUUCCAAGUCUGAUUUACUGGAACUUCCCUGGGGACGCUGACUGUGCGUUGUAGGCGUGGUCAUCGCGUGAACGAAUGAACGAGAGAGUGUGUGUUUGUCCGUAAGUAUACUGUGUUGUCCUAUAUGUUUGUUUUCCUUUUAAAAUACUAAAUGAGUAGUGCAUUUCCUCCCGUGCAUUUUGGGAAUGCUGUCUUACGUUUUCCUGCGAUGUCUUUUGGAUAGUCGCGAAUUCCACCACACAAAAAAAAAGUAUAUUUAUAUUACUGAUUAUAUUAUUAUUGCGCCUAGGUUAGGAUUUAUAUGAUAGGACCACAGAUGAUUAAUAUAUUCCGAAUGCAGCUUAGAGUAGUUAAGGCUAGGUUUAAUGGGAUUAAUGGGAUCGUUUUGAGCUAAAGUCGAUGGUAGUAUUCGCAUGGGCCUGGUUUUUUGAGAAGUGGGGAUAUUAUAUUACAAACAUAACUCUGGGGUAACAAUUUUUAUCCUUGGUAUAACUUCAGUGUUUUUUGAGAACGGACCAUCAGUUCUAUUUCCUCAAACUCCGCUUUUUCCAGGCGACAUUUUUUCUCCCGGCGAGUCUACUACCUCCGUUUCCACUUGUAGCGUUCCACGUUAUGCCAGCACCGGGUGCUUCUCAGGAUUCUAGAUGAAUGUUUCUUAAUAGUGUGGAAGUCUUAGGAACCCCCCACGGUUAUGGGGCGAUCUCUGGGGAUUCUAAUGGGAUGUCUUUCAAUACUGCAGGUGAAUUUCGCUCUGGGUUCUAGGCGAAUCCCUCUCAGGAUUCUGGAAGAAUCUGUCAACGAGUUCUGGGAAUAUCCGUCUAAGCAUUCUGGGAGAAUUUCGAGGAAAAACUUCUCUCGGGAUUCUGUGGGAAACCCUCUAGGAUUCUGAAAGAAUUCCUCUAAAGAUUCUGAGAGAAUCCAAGUCAGAAAACUGCAGUAAUCUCUCCCAAAAUUCUAGGUAAUUCCUUAAUAGAAUUCAGGAAGAAGUCCCAUUGGAAAAGUUUUUCUCUCUUGUCUGGGAUAAGGUCUCUUAAGAGAAUUAAUUAGAAUGCUGGUGUGAUAAUUUUCAGCAUUUUGGAGGAUUCUCUCACAGAAUUUUAGAGGAAUCCUCAGAAUCAUGGAAGAGUCCCUUAAAAAAUCCAGAGGAUUUUUUCUCAACAGUAUUAUAUGCGAAUACCUAUCAGAAUUCUAGGGAAUCUCUGGGUUCUAGGAGAAUUCAUUUAAGGAUUUGUAGGUAUUCCCUACCAAGGGUGAAAUCCUUUUCAGGAUUCUAAGCAUUCUCAAGAAUUCCUCUCAGACUUCUUGAGAAUCAUACUCAGCAUUCUCAGAAUUGUGGCGAAAUUCCUUUCAGAAUUCUGGGGGAAUAUUUCUUAGGAUUCCGGGGAAAUCCCACAAAGGAUCACUAGAAUCCUUCUCAGGAUUCUGCGUAAGCUCCUUUUAAGAUAUUGGGGGAAUAUCACUCUGCGGGUACUCUACCCCAAAUUCUCUGAAAACUCGGGGUAACCCCGAUCAGGAUUCUAGGGAAAUUUCUCUCAAUAUUCUGCGGAACUUGUCUCAUGAUUCUGGAGCAAUCCUUGAGAUUCUGGGGCACUUUUUUCAGAAUUUUUAAUUAUUGAAGAAUCUCUCACGAGAGUCUGGGCAGAAAUCUCUAGAAAAAUUUGGAUUUUGGAGAAUCCCUCGCAUAGAUUUUGUGAUUCCUCUUAGGGUUCGGAAGAAAUCUUUCUCAGGAUUCUACGAGAAAUUGUGAAGAAUUAGCCUAAGUUAAAGUUCACGAAUAAAAAGAAAUAAAAAAAAUUCUACGAGAAUCCCAGUAGCAUUCUGUUUUCUGUGUUCUGGAAGUUGCUCUCAGAAAUCUCUUUCAAAAUUCCUGGAGAAUCUCUCUUAGUAAUCAGGGAAAAUCCCUGACAAGAAUAUUUGAAAAUUCUGUUGAGAUUAUGUUGCAAUAGUAGUAUUCUAGAGAAAUCCCUCUCAGAGUUCUGGGACAAUCCCUUUCAGAUGUUUAGGAGAGUCCUUUCAAAGAUUCUAGAAUGUCUUUCAGGAAUCUGCGGUAAUUUUUUGUUUUAUGUGAGAAUACCUCUCAGAAUUCCAGAGAAUUCUUCUCAGGAUGCUGGGGAAGUCCAUUGUAGAAUUUUUCGUAAUCCCUUCCAGAGAAAAUCCUUAUCAGAUUUUCGAAAAAUUCUCUCUUAGGUGUCUAGAUAUAUUUUUCUCAAGAAUCUGGAAUUACCCCUUUUAUAAUCCCUCUCAAUAUGCUGGGGAAUCACUUGUAGAAUUCUGAGAAAUACCUUUCGGGAUUCUGGCAGAAUUAUUAUCAACAUUUUAAUGGAUCCACCCAGGAUAUUUUGGGAAUUCUGGGAGAAAACUUGAAAGGAUUCUGGAGGAAUUCUUCCCAAGAUUCUGGGGUCUUAUCUCCCGAAAUUCUGUGAGAGUAUAUCUCAGGUUUCUUUGGCAAUCCCGCCCAGUAUUUUAAGAGAUCCUUUCUCAGGAUUCUAGAGUAAUCCUUCUUAGAGCUCUAAGCUACCCUUUUCAAGAUUCAGGAUAAUUUCUUUUAAGUAUCUUGGAGAAUUAUCGUAGGAAUCCAAACAUCUUUUUUGUGAGAUCUUCUCUCAGUAUUCUAGAUGAAUUUAUCUCAAGCAUGUGGAAGAACCACUCUUGGAAAUCAGGAUUCUGGGAGAAUUCAUCUUAGGAUUCUGGUUUAAUCCUAUUCAGGGUUCUGGGAUAAUCCCUCUUAGGAUUCUGGAACAUUUUGGGAGAAUCCCAGGGGAAAGCUUCUCUAAGGAUUCUGAGACAAUCUAUCACAGGAUUCUGGGAGAAUUCCUCUCGAGCUCUGAGGCAAACCGUCUCAUAGAUGUGGAGUAAUCUCCCUCAGGAUUGUAGGGAAAUCCUUAAUAAAAUUUAGUGAGAAUUACCACCAAGAUACCGGAAGAGUCUUGCUUUCUUUUAUAGAUAAUGUCGCUCAGGAUUCUGGUGUAUUUUCAGCAUUUUGAAGAAAUCUCUCUCAUAAUUCAAAAGAAACUCCUUUCAGAAUUCUUUAGGAGUCUCUUUAAAGACUCUGGGGGAGUUUCUCUCAGCAGUCUGCGGGAAUUUAUCCCAGUACUCUAUGGGAAUACUUCUCAGAGUUCUGGGAAAUCUCAGGAUCUCAGGAUUUUUCUUUUGAUUCAAAUUUUUUUUUUUUUUCAGAAUGCAUUGUCUCCUAUUUCGAAUCAGAUUCGCAAAGUGUUUGAUGUGCUAUCUCAAAUAUUGAUAUUGUAUUUUUUUAGACAAAUGAAACAUACCAUGAACUUGAACUACAUGCAGCAAACGAAUCAUUUUAUAUAUUUGUAUUAUUUUAUAAUAUCGAAUCGAUGUGAAAACAUCGAUUCAAAGCAUUCGAUUAAAUCGGCGAAUCGAUUCUGCUGAUCCGAUUCGAUGUCUCAGCCAGAUUAGCCCAAUCCUAGAAUACACUCUAACAUUAUUGCACACAAAGUGAUGUUAUAAAAUGCAUUAGUUAUCUUCAGCGAUGAUAAAGCAAGAUAGUUGCUUCUCUGAUACCUCGCUUGAAAUCGGUUUGCUGAACACCCAACUGAACUGAAUAUCUUGUAGAACUACAUUCGUGUUCGGAAUCCGCAUACGGCCGACAUCAAUAUCUCGAAAAAUAUUUCAGUACCAGGAAGCAUGUCUACUUGGUCAUGAACAGGAUUGGUCUUCUCAGAGCAGUAUUCCUUGGACAUAGAGCAUCUUCGUGCCUGCCACAAAAGUAAUUGGCGUUGGCAGAGGAAGAUCUCAGUUAUUAACUGUGGAAGUGUUCAAAGAACACUACACCGAGAAGCAGGUUUUGUCUCAGGUGGAACGCUACGCCAAGGAGAAGAGAAGAAUAAGCAUGUUCUCAUAUAUCAGCCCUGAACCCAACCUUGCGUUCUACUGCCGACUUUUAGCUCCUACGCAUAGUAACAGUGAGACAAAUGAACCACACAUAUAUUAUGUACUGAAAACAAAAAGAGUUAGGUCUGCGCUCGUCUUCUGUGCGAAAAGUCGCUUUCGAUGGUACAAGAUUAGUUAUUUUGUCGUCGGGAAACGAUUCACUGAUAUUUAUUGUGAAACUCGGAUAAGAUAUGUGUACUAUACGCUAACUCGGAUUAGAUAUGUAAAUCUGGUAGACAGAAGAUAGAAGUAUAACACGCAUUGGUAAACUAUGAAGAAACCGCAUAUUAUGGUUCGUAACAUUGCCCACCCACCAGCACUCAAGUCGAAACAUUCAUUCAAUAUUAUACACAACUGACAACUAUACACACUACUAUAACAUUUAAAUGGAUCGAAAUAAGGAAAAUUUUUACACUUUUCACUAAUCCAUUAAAACCAGAGAACAGCAAUGAUAAAGCGAUUAUAACAUACCUAUUGAAUAAUAAUCCGAAAAAAAAGCAAUGAACCGGUCUCGUCAAACAGCAAUCAUUUUUAGAAAAUGAUUCACUUGCGAUUAUUUAUAAACCUAAAACAAACUGAUAGGGUAAGAGAGAAACCUACACGGAGGCAAAGGGUAGGAUGAAUUAUUUAUUGUUAUUGGCUUUUCUUCCGUGCCCAAUUUACCUUUAGAAGAGAAUUACAUUCAUUUGUUUUGUUUUGCUAAUCUUACAUUCCAUUUAGUGCAACUACUUACAUUAUCAUUUCACAAAAAAAAACUAUUUCUUUCGGAACACCGAGGUUUUACAAGUGUGUAUCUGCCUUGUUCUAUCUUUUGUCAACUUUGUUUUUCGUUGCAAGGUAAAAUUUCGCGAGCAUUUUGUUUGUUUGAACUGGAAAUGUGAAAAUCGUACCGAUCAAAGAGAGUAUAAUAAACUCGUCAUCUAAUUGAAUAAUUAAA